AUGGUUGACAACAAGCCUACUAAAUCGGAGAAACCUGUUAUUGAGACCCCAGAAGGUGUUGCUGAAGAACCUCAGGAAUGUACUUCAGAAGAAGCCGGAAGCUCGGAUGAUUUUGAGAUUGCGAAUUUUCGCGAUAUUGAAGAUGAAGAGGACUUCGACGGAUAUGAAGUGAUUUUUGGUGCGGACUUCAUUUUGGGUGAUGGUGAAGAAGAUGAGGUGGAAUUAGACGAUGAGAUGGUGGAGAAUGAAUUGGAGUAUGAGAUUGCGGAAGAAGCAUCCUUGGAUUGCGAUAUUGAGCCACCAAACAACUUCCGAGUUGAGGAUUAG